AUGAAGUCCUUCGCAAUUGCAUCCGCCCUGGCUGCGGUUGCCCUCGCCAACCCUACCAAGACCACCCCAGAGAAGGCCAGACGUGCCGACUCCAUGCCCACCAUCACAGCUUCUGGAAAUGCAUUCUGGGCGGACAAGACCAGAUUCUAUGUGCGAGGCAUUGACUACCAGCCCGGUGGCUCCUCCGGCGAGACCGACCCCCUCGCCGACGAAGACACCUGCAAGCGAGACAUUGCCAAGUUCAAGGAGUUGGGCGUCAACACCAUCCGUGUCUACAUGACCGACAACUCGGUCAGCCACGACACCUGCAUGGGCCUGCUGGCCGACGCCGGCAUCUAUGUCAUCCUCGACGCCAACAACCCCAAGUACUCCAUCAACCGUGACAACCCAGCCCCGUCCUACAAUGACGUCUACCUGCAGAGCGUCUUCGCGACCAUUGACGAGUUCAUCAAGUACGACAACACCAUGGCCUUCUUCUCCGGAAACGAGGUCAUCAACGACAAGGCCAACACCACCCUGUCUGCCAAGUACGUCAAGGCCGUCACCCGUGACAUGCGCCAGUACAUCCGCGAACGUGGCUACCGUUCCGUCCCCGUUGGCUACUCUGCCGCCGAUGUUGCUCAGAACCGCAUGCAGCUUGCUCAGUACAUGAACUGCGGUACCGAGGACGAGCGCAGUGAUUUCUUCGCCUUCAACGACUACUCUUGGUGCAACACCAACUUCGUGCAGUCUGGAUGGGACGUCAAGGUCAAGAACUUCACUGGAUACGGCAUUCCCCUCUUCAUCUCCGAGUACGGCUGCACGACCAACGGCCGUGACUUCGGCGAGGUGGAGGCCCUCAUGAGCGACGACAUGACCCCCGUCUACUCUGGCGGUCUGGUUUACGAGUACUCCAUUGAGGGCAACGGCUUCGGUAUGGUCGAGAUCAGCGGCAACUCCGUCACCACCGAGAAGGACUUCGACAACUACAAGUCCGCUCUGUCCAAGUACCCUACCCCUACCGGCGACGGUGGUUUCACCUCGACCACCAACUCCGUCUCCUGCCCCACCAAGGACUCCGACUGGCUCGUCUCUGACACCCUGCUGCCCGCCAUCCCUACUGCUGCGCUGAAGUACAUGACCGAGGGUGCCGGAACCGGCCCCGGUCUGAAGGGCGAUGGCUCCCAGAACGCAGGCGGCACCAGCACCGGCGACGCCGAGCCUGGCUCCGGAUCUGCCACUGCCACCGGCUCAAGCAGCAGCGAGAACGCCGCUGGCGGCCCUGCUCCCCCCGUCGACAAGGCUGCCUUCGCCGUGACCGGCCUCGUCGUGCUCUUCACCCUCUUCGGCACCAUGCUGCUGUAA